AUGAAGGAUAACAAGGUAUAUGUACCACCCCCUCCUUAUAAACUACCAAUUCCAUAUCCACAAAGACUAAAACAAAUCAAAUUAGAUAACCAAUACAAAAAGUUCAUAAAAAUGAUUGAGAAACUCCAUGUUGAGAUUCCAUUCACUAAAGUUAUUACCCAAAUACCAUCUUAUGCUAAAUUCCUUAAAGACAUCUUAACCAACAAACGUAAACUUGAUGAUCCUAAACCCUUAGAAUGCAACUUUAUUGCUGAAAACAAACUUUAUAAAAAGGAGAAAGACCCCAAAAGUUUUUCUAUACCUUGUGUUUUAGGAAAUCAUGUUAUCGAUAAAGCACUUCUAGACUUAGGAGCCAGUGUAAGCUUAAUGCCUUUAGCCAUUUAUGAUAGGUUAAACCUAGGAGAAAUACAACCAACUAGGAUGUCCCUUCAAUUAGCCGAUAGAUCCGUUAAAUAUCCAAUAGGCAUAUUAGAAGAAAUUCUAGUUAGGAUUGGCCAACUUUAUAUUACAACAGAUUUUGCUGUCAUUGACAUUAAAGAAGACGACGAAAUCCCAAUCCUCCUAGGUAGACCAUUCUUAUCAACAGCGGGAGCCAUAGUAGAUGUCAAGAGAGGAAAGAUAACUUUUGAAGUAUGUGAUAAAAAGGUAGAAUUUAUACUAUCCAAAUUCCUAAUGGCACUAGCCAUAGAUGACUCAUGUUAUGCCAUCGAUAUCAUUGAUGAGUGCAUAAGAGAGUUAGACCAAGAAGAACCCACUGAAACUAUUAAAUUACCUUCGACCCCCAUAAUAGAGGACGACGAAUUUAAAAGAUUAAUGGAACCUUAUAUAGAUGACAGUAUUUAUGAAUAUUUAGCACUCACCCCAGACCAUAUACCAUGUCCUAAGAAACCACCAAUAGAGCUUAAGGAACUACCUAAGAAUCUGAGAUACGAGUGUUUGGACGAAGAACUAAAUCGUCCAGUCAUAGUUAGCGCUACCUUAAAUGGUGAUGAGACCAAUCAACUCUUAGAUAUCCUGAGAAAGUAUCUCGCAACUCUAGGUUAUAACAUUUCAGAUCUCAAAGGGAUAAGUCCAUCCGUGUGCAUGCACCAGAUAACGUUGGAGGAAUAUUCUAAACCCUCUAGAGAACAUCAAAGAAGGAUAAACCCCAUAAUGAGUGAUCUGGUAAAAAGAGAAGUGCUGAAAUUACUAGAGGCUGGAAUAAUUUAUCAAAUUUCUUAUAGUAAGUAG